UGUUCAUCGUUGAAGGCCAAAUGUAAUUACGAUUACUUUAAGAUUGUCAUUGGUUAUUACUGUAAUGAAAGCUAUCCAAACAUAGGAUUAAAAAUUGGUUAUAGUUUUGUUAUUUUAAAUGUUUUAGCAAUCUUGAUAAUUUUUCUAAGUGUUGUUGUAUCAAAUUAUUUGAUUGAUAAUAUAAAUCAUUUAACCAAACUUUUAGAGAUCAAUAACCAAAUACUAAGUUUAAUAAUAAUUCCUUUAACGAAUUGUUUACCAGAUUUGGUUAAUUAUAAUAUUGCAUUAAGAUCAAAUUCAAUUGAUUUAGUAAUUGGACAAUUGAUUGGAACUAAUUUGAUAACAUUCACCUUAAUAAUUGGAUUAAUUAGUUAUGUUAAACCAUUUAGUAUUGAAAAACAUAAAUUUAUAUUGUUCAACUUUGGAUGGGUAUUAAUAAUAAUGAUUUUUUUGAUAUAUAUUCUAUCUGAUUCCAAGAUUACUAAAACUGAAUGUUUUAUGAUGUCAGGGGUAUUCCUUGUUUAUAUAAGUUACUUAAUCUGGUAUGAUCAACGAUUAAUUGAUGAAUCAAUUGAAGAAGAGGAAAUUCUUUCAGUUAGUUCAUCGAAGAAUUCAAUUAACAUUGAAGAAACAAUGGCUUUGUUAAAUGAAGAAGAAGUUAGCUAUGAGGCAGCUUUAGAUGAGGAUGAUGACAAUGUGUCUGAUACUGCAAAAAAUGAACAUUCAAUUACUCAUUACAUUCAAUUUUUUUUCAAUUCAAUCGAUUUUUUAUUUUUUUUUGUCAUUCCUUCAAAUGGUCAUCAACAUAAUCAAGAAUAUAAAAAAACCAUAAGAAAAUUUCAUAUAUUCAAUAUAUGGUUAAUAAUUGAAUCAAUAAUAUUGAUUAAUCAUCAAUUUAUUAAUGAUUUAAGGAUUGGAAUAUUAAUUAUGAUUGCAAUUAUAAUACUCUAUGAAGUUAAUCAUCAUUUUAAUAUAACUCUGAAUAAAAUUGAUGAGCUAUGCAUCAAUUCGUUAGGCGUAAUGAACUCCUUAGUUAUAAUAUCGAAUACAUCCAGUGAAUUUUUAAAAAUAUUAAAAAACUAUGGAAUAAUUAUUCAGAUAUCAGAAUAUAGAUUAGGAUUAUUAAUUUUCUCCUUAGUUAACUCAAUUAAUGAUGUCAUAAUGAAUUUAUCAUUAUCAAUCAAUAUCAAUCCGAUAUUAGGAAUCAAUGCAUGUUUGGGAGCACCAUUAUUAAAUAUAUUAGUUGGAAUUGGAAUUAAUGGAUUAAGUACAUUAAUAAUCUAUCAAUCUAAAUCAUUAAAGUUUCAUUUAAGUAAUGAUUUAAUUAUAAGUACAAUGAUAUUAACCAUGAUGAUAGGGUUUUAUCUUAUUUAUAUCCCAUUGAAUAGUUGGAAAUUUGAUAAAAAAAUUGGAAUUAUU